CCCCGUCCCUCUCCUCCCCCGCUCCCCUGUCGCCUCGCCCCCCUUCCUCCCUGCCUACUUACCUUCGCCACCACCACCGACGAGAGGGACUGAGACAGAGAGACGAGCUGCGGCCGGAGGAGGAGGAUGGCGCGGCGCGGACGGGUUGAGCUGCGGCGGAUCGAGGACCGGACGAGCCGGCAGGUGCGCUUCUCCAAGCGCCGCGCGGGGCUCUUCAAGAAGGCCUUCGAGCUCUCGCUCCUCUGCGAUGCCGAGGUCGCGCUGCUCGUCUUCUCCCCCGCCGGCAAGCUCUACGAGUACGCCUCCUCCAGCAUUGAAGGUACAUAUGACCGGUAUCAGCAAUUUGCGGUGCCCGGAAGGAACUUGAUUCAAGAAGAUGCAACUGAUGAAGAUCCUUCAAAUAUGCAGUCAAGGCUUAGCGAGAUUGCUGCCUGGUCUCUCGAUAAUAAUGCUGACAAUUCAGAUGCCAGUAGUUUGGAGAAACUGGAGAAACUACUAAAGGAUGCUCUGAGAAUUACAGAAUCUAAGAAGACUUUGGUGAAACAAAAUAGUGGCGGGAGCACGAGCGGAGAGAGCUCCUACGGACCUACGGGGCAGGAGAAUGGGAGGAAGGCUUGAGCAGAGCAAAGUUCCCCUGUGCUGUGUAUGCAUUUGGUACUAUGUUGCUUCCCCCAACACACUGUUCCCCAGUUAGGCUGUUAAUGGGCAAGAAUUAGUUGCCAGGGCUGCUACUUGUAAGUUGUAAGGGAGGAAAUUUUAGCGAAAGCGUGGCUUAAUAAUACUAAUAAUAAUACAGUGUCCGUGCUAUAAAGAGACCCCGUUGUACCUAGGACUGUGUGAGUUGGCUAAUCUAAUUACGUAUGCUUGUUCCUGGAGUAA